AGCAGAUCAAACGCUCUUUGUCCCCAUAUUUUUUGUUUUUAUUUUGAUUGGGGAAAACGGUAAAACCUCUUAGCAUAACCUAAGUCCCGGUGGCUGUGUGAUCACUGUACACCUCUCAUCAACGAUUCCGAUAACAAAAAUGUCGAAUCGUUACGGCCAGGCUAAACAACAAGAUCAUACCAACAACAACAAUAAGGGUUUCAACAAAACUCAGAAGAAAUUCGUCCCUAAAAAUCCGACUCCAACCUUAUCAACUUCCCUAAGAGAAAACCAACAAACUUCUUCCGGUACCAAUUCCUCUUCGUCCGGUAGCGUCCAACCAGCGAGGGGUGUGAAUAGAAAUGGCAAUUUCGUAUAUUAUUUGCCACAAGAUGAAGCAGUUGCUUCUGGUUUUGGUGCUGAGGAUGGUGGAUUGGAUGCUCUUGAAUCUCAGAAAGUUGUUGAUCUUCUCAAUUCACAGCUGUCUCGUUUGCUCAAGUUGAAACCCAAAGAUUUUUGGUCACAAGUGGCUAGUGAUACAUCCUUGCAUGAGUUUCUCAACAGCUUUCUGCAAUUUAGGAGCAGAUGGUAUGAUUUACCUCACCGCGGGACUAGAGGGAUUGUUGCUGGUGUUAUUUUUGGAGAGCAUGAUUUGAGCCGUCGGGUUUUCAUGGUAUUUUAUCGAAUGUCUUCCAAUAGAGAUCCUGGUGCUGGGCCUGCUGAUACACUUAGUUUGAGAGAUCAUGAAGUUCUUUUGCAGGAGAGGAAGUUGCUUGAUUUGCCAAAGUUGUUUGAUAUAUGUGCCAUAUACAAUCAUGAAAAUGAAGAAUUGACAAGAUUGCUGGUUAGAAAAGCUUUGCAUGCCCAGCCUUGGGUGCAUGAUAAUCUGACUGCAGUAACAUCUCAUUUUAUGGUCAUUGUAAGCACAAUGCAUGAACGAUGCAGUUCAUCAUUGGAGGUCUUAUUUGCUUCUGGAAGUCUUGAUGACCAUAGUGCUGCUUUUCUAAAAACUGAUCUUCUGGAGGUGAUGGACUUUAUAAAUGAUGCAUUCGUAUCAAUGGAUGCUUUUGUUAGUGCAUACGAACCAGCAGCUUUAUGGUUCUCUUCCCCUGUUGAGAUGAGUUAUGGGAAUGAAGAGCUGCUGAGCUUCCUUGCCAGAUUGCAUGAUUCGCUAAUUCCGUCCAUGCAAAAGGGGUUCCAUAUCAUUUUUGCUGACAAACAAGAUGACUUGGUUUCUAAUAUUGUAGUUAGUUUGAAGAUGUUAAGAAUGAGAUUGGUGAAGUUUGGGUGGCAGUUAUUGCAUUUAUGCUAUUUAAGUGAUGACGUGUUCCUAGAUAGCAUCCCUCUUCCAGCUGCCACGAAGAUGUUUCCUGCCAAUGUAGAAGACCCAGUCAUCAGAGCAGAUAUUCUCGUUCAAACAUUUAGAGAGAUCAAUUCAGUAUCAUUAAGUUUCGGGGAAAUCUACAAGAAGGAAACCUUUCUUCAAGAUGUUGAAAGGAAUUUCAAUAUAUUAAGCAGGAUUGAGGGAUUAAAGCAUAAUGGGUGGAUAUUCAUCGAUGAUGAACAACUUAAAUAUAUAUCUGGGAUUUUGAGUUCUCCAAAGGAGAUUAAUAAAGAGCCAUAUUCUGCAGAGAUCCCUGUGCCGAAGCAAGUCACGCAGACAGAUGAAGAUGCUGUAGUUUUAGAGUCAAAAAUCAGUCAAAUUAGGGACCUAUUCCCUGAUUAUGGUAAAGGGUUUUUAUCUGCAUGUCUUGAGGUCUAUGACCAGAAUCCAGAAGAGGUUAUUCAAAGAAUUUUAGAAGGAACCCUGCAUAAGGAUCUGAUGUGCUUGGAUACUUCUUUAGAGACAGUGCCAAAGUCACUAGCCAAGUCUAACACUGUUAGCAGGAAUGAUAAAGGAAAAGGUAUACUAAUUGAUUCUACGCCGGUGUCCUCAAAUACAAAAGUUUUUAAUGGGAAGCAACAGACAGUAGGGCCGUUGAUGCCAUCCUCUGUUCCACUUGGAAAAUUUGUUAGGAAAUCUACAGCCGACACUCCUGAUGCAAGUAUUUUGGACAAUAUGGAUGAGAUAGUUGCAUCGAGAAUUUUACAAUAUGAAUAUGAUGAUGAGUACGAUGACUCUUUUGAUGACUUGGGUCUAAGCGUAGCAGACUCUGGAGUAGAAGAAAAUGAAAUGCUUGACGACGAAAUGAAUGAAAAAUCAGGGAAAUCAAGGGCAACAGGGACUGGAAACUCUGUCCAAAAUGGCUCUAAUACAAAAUGGGGCUCUAGGCAAAAGCCACAGUACUAUGUCAAGGAUGGUAAGAAUUACAGCUACAAAGUGGCGGGUUCAGUAGCAGUUGCAAAUUCUAAUGAAGCUUCUUUAGUUAAUGAAGCUCAGAAAGAAUUGAUACAUGGCCUUGGGCGUGGCGGCAACCUUCCUCUUGGUGCGGUACAGAAGUUGGCAGGUUCCUACAAGGGAGGUGGUAACCAAUUCCAAGUUUCUGAAACAGAAGGGAGAGGGAGUAGCAGUGGCAGGGGAAAGAGAGAAGGGGGAAGACAUAUUGAACAUAAUCAACAUCAAGAAAAACAAGCUGAUGUUUCUGAAGUGGAAGGUAGAGAUCAGGGUCCAAAUAACAGAGGGAGAGGGAGAGGAAGAGGAAGACAUAUUGAACAUAAUCAACAUCAAGAAACACAAUCUGAUGAUUCUGAAGUGGAUGGUAGAGAUCAGGGUCCAAAUAACCGAGGGAGAGGGAGAGGAAGAGGGAGGGGAGGAGGUAGAAACAACCAUUACAGGAAGGACCAAGCCAUGAAGAAGCAUUUCUCUGGAUUGGGUGGUUUUUGAUAGGUCCAUGGCAAUUCAGCAUACAUUUCUUACUGGCCAAGAUACCAUAAAUCUGGCUAUUGUCGAAGUUUACUUGUGAAAACUAAGUUUAUAUUUUAUGCAGGGUUAGAGAUCAAUGAGAUGUAUAGACAUGGUGCAUUACCCCCCUCCUCCCCUGCUUACAUCUUUCUCCUCCUUGGGAAGCAUGGCUGAUACAUCUGACUGAUUAAAAAGUCUACUAUGGAUGCAGCACAGACUUUAAUGUAUUCUGUUUUGGUUUUUCUUCUCUUCUAGUCCUCGUUGAUUGAGACAUGGAUGAAUUAGUGUUACAACACAAGCUUUGUUGAAAUUGCAAUCAGCUAUCGUGAUACCAACAUUAUCUUAUAGUACAAAAUAGUUUAAUGUCCUGUAAAGGUUACUUCAUACCAUACCGGGAAUCCAAUUUUGGUUAAGAGGAUUUGAAUGUAUUUUAGCCUACAUUUCCUUUUAACUCGGGCCUAUGAAUAUUUUAGUUAUAUACUGUAAUAAGUAAUUUUGUA